AUGGCUUCCGAAUUCAUCGGUUACGAUGUCCUCGUGACCCUGAAGCAGCCGGUCGGCGGGAAGCUAAAGGGCCAGGUUGCUAAUGUGGUCGGGCAAAAUUUACUGCUAAACAAUGUCACUCUGUGGAAUGGUCAACAGCUCCCCACCUUUUCGGUGGAUGCCACUAUGAUCGAUGAUCUCUCUCUGCUGCAAGUCACAGACCAAACUGCUAUGCAGCGACAGGGAUCGGCGCAGACGGUUACAACUAUUCCACCUGCUCAAGUUCAACCUCCCCUUCCACAACCUACCUUUGUCGAUCCGGCUAUUCUCAGCUACGCUAAGCCCCCUUCCAACCUUAUCAAUCAAUCCAGUCAACUCAAUGUGGGCAUUCACGGCACAGAUCGACCCACUGCCUCAGCCACUGCAUCUCUGUCGGAGCCAUUUAGCAAUCUUGAACUGAAUGCCGAAUCAAAGAAUGACAGUCUCCAGAGUGGCCCGCAGGAUGUCGAAUUUCAGGCUGCGCAAAACUUGACCCCUGCAAAGCAAAACGCACGACGUAACAGACAUGGUAAUGAGGGCAAUUUUGUGCCUAAGCAUGGCGUUACUGCAAGCACCAACCCAAAGAGCAAGGGCUGGCGUCAGACUGCCUUCGUGGAGCCCAUGGGUUCCGCGGCCCAGAGAUCGCCCGAACACCAGGCGCGCCAGCCCACUAAGUUCCGCAAGAAGAAGACACGUCAGUCAUACGCCGAUGAUGCUAGCGGUUGGGCCACGGAAGAUGCAACCGAUAUUCAAGAGCUGGGCGAAUUCGACUUCCAAAGCAAUCUCUCGAAGUUUGACAAACGCCGAGUGUUCGAGGAGAUCAGGAAUGACGAUACCACCGCUGAUGAGGCCCGCCUGGUGAGCUUCAAUCGCCUUCCGAAGCCUGGAACUAAUGGUGGCAAGAAUCUUCACUGGACCGAGAAUGUCCUGGAUAGCCCCCAGAAUAGCGAUACCGGCGAUGAUCUUGAGCAUGUUAGCGAUGCCAGACACAGCAGUGAAAACAUCUCCGGACGUGAGAGAUCUCGGGCAUCUGCGCGCAUUCAGUCAUCUCGCAAGGGUAGCACUAUCAUCGGACAACCUGUGAUGCCCCAGAUCAAUGUACUUGGUCGCAGCCAGUUGAACAUUUCUCGCACUACAAGCCCUCAUCCGGGCCGCUCCUCUGUGUCUCCCAUGGUGAGUGCCAAUGCCGCAGGCGCAUCCUUGCGAUUGACGACCACGAACCGUAGCUGCCCAACUGUCAGUCCACUGCAAACUCUCGAAGUCGAACAAAUCGCAGUCACGGAGUUUGGUUUGAUCGAGGAGGUCAUCACGGAGAAUGCUGGUCGUGGAAUUGCCGAGGCGGCGGUUUCUAUGUUAACUAGUGAUGCUGCUGCGCCAAACAUCCUCCUCAUUACGGGUAAUCAUCGCACAGGCGCAAGAGCCAUCUCUGCUGCUCGUCAUCUGCGUAACCGUGGCCACCGGGUCACCGUUUGUCUUCUCGGUCAAGAGACCGAGUUACUGGAGAACUGCCGCAAACAAUUGGACAUCUUUCGCAAGAUUGGUGGUCGUGCACUGAAGUGGGAGGACGUCUCGACUCGUCUGUCCACCUCUGAUCUCUCCCCUGAUCUGGUGAUCGACGCCCUGUUUGGCAUGCAUCUUGCAUUCGACGACCUUCGAACUGAUGACCAGGGGGUCGCUUUUGAAAUGAUUUCUUGGGUUAAUCGAAGCAACAAGGAGAUUCUCUCGGUUGACAUCCCAUCUGGCAUGUCAGCUUCAACUGGUGAUAUUACCACAGUUGAUGGUGGUCGACUCUGCGUCAAUAGCUCCUCGGUUGUCUGCCUCGGCGCACCCAAGACUGGAGUUCUCAAUGCUCUUCUAUCUGGUGAGGGCCUUUCGUGGAGUGUGACUGUUGCCGACAUCGGUAUUCCACAGAUCGUGUGGCGAAAGUACGGCACUCGUCGUCGACACGGUAUUGAUUUCGGCAAUCGUUGGCUAGUUCCACUGCGUUACCAGCCACCCAUUGCUUGA